CUACAUUUCCCACAAUCCCCUCGCACCAUUCAUUGCUAUGCGACGCUGCAGACCGUACACAGAGUGAGACUGCUGAUUUUGGGCUAAUAUAUUUAUUUAAUGUAAACCUUAAAGCCUCGAAAGUGGGUCAUACAGGAACUCGAACCUUCUGUAACGAUGACUGUAGAGCGCUAGACGUCAAAUUGAAAACAAAACAAAGAAAACAAACGCGAGGAAACGAAAAGGCUAAGCUAAGCUAACCCAUAAACACAGGGGAGAGCGGGGGCUGUGAGGUCGCCGUUAAAUCCGCGAACCUCUCCCGCGCGCCGGGCAUGGCUUCAGAAGACCACAGCAUGUCUUUCCUGCAAUACGAGCUGGCCUCCACCAUUGAGCAGGCGGUGCGCUGUGCUGUUGAGACGGUGCUCCGGGAAACGGCGCGGGUGGUGAGCGCCAGGCUGACGGCGGCGCGGGACGCAGCGGCUGAAUCCCGCCGAGAGAACCGUAGCCUGCGGGAGAGGCUGGAGGCGAGCGAGGGCGAGCUAAAGGCCGUGCGCUACUACGUGUCCGCCGCCGAGAAGAACAUUAAACAGUGCCUUCUGCUCGACCAGAGGCGGGCUGGAGCCGAGGACUCGUCUGCGGCCACCUUCACCUCUUGCGAGGGAGGCCUUCUCCAGCUCCAGCGCGGCAGGUCCCUGAGGACCGCAGCGGCACGGAGUCACGGAGCUAAAGUCGUACCGAGUGUGGGGCUCUGUCUGCCCACAGUGCAGGGCGAUUGGCCGCGGAGGAGUGUGAGGACAGCGGCGGGGAAGGAGGCCACAGGUUCACGACGACCAGUGGAGACGGAAUCUGUGAUGGAGACUACAGGAGAAGAAGUGGAGGAGUUUUACAUCACGGAGGAGGGUUUAGCUGAUAAAGAUUAUAAAGCCUCUGCCAGUGCAGUGCAGGAUUUUGGGAGCGUUCAGGAAGAGCAGCAAGUGGCAGGCCCAUCCUCAAAAGCCCUCGAUGACCCAUCCGUUGUUGACAAGUUCGAGUUUGAGAUUGGCGCUCCUGUGGGUGGUGUUACAGAACUGGGUAUCAUUCAAGUGAUGGAUGGGAGCGAGGUCAAACAGAGCACUGUCAAAAUCGAAGAUGAACCUGAAUCGCCACCUGUAGAGCUUCCAUCGUCAGACCCAGCGGCAGCAUCCUCAUCAUUAUCGGUGACCACCACACACGCUCAGCCCCAUAUAAGUGAAGGUGAAGCCCUGCUCGGUUUGAUGCCACCCAUAGAGGGUGACAUCACCCUAACAAGUCCAGCAGAGGUCCAGAGGGACAGCGCUGACAAAGUACACCGCUGUAAUGUUUGUGGCCGAGGCUUCCGGCGCUUCUACUGCCUGAAGACGCACCAGCGCAUCCAUACAGGCGAGCGACCGUACCCAUGCCGCUACUGCGAGAAACGUUUCCGUCACCUGGACAGUCUGCAUAAGCACCAGCGCAUCCACACGGGCGAGAGGCCGUAUCGCUGUGCGCUCUGUGGCUGCUGCUUCCGUGAGCUGGGCCAGCUCAAGAAGCACCGCCUUAAACACUCACCAACUGGCGGGGGAGCUAAUAUGGCCCCCACGGCCCCCCACCCCACCCUCUCUCUCCUACCAGCCGGAGCCUCUUAUGUCUGGCCACAUCUUAACUCCCAGUCCAUGGACUCCGUCUGAGCAUCAGAGCCUGAUGGAGUGAAAAGAACAAGUUUGUUACAAGAAGAGUGCCUGAGAGUUUGAAAAGACAUACUACUGCAACAGUAUAGAAGCAUUAAUAGUGUAAGGGAACAUGUACAUGAAUAUUUAAUGUUGCGUUGUGAACAUCAAUUGACACUUUGCAGAAAUUACAUACAUAAUUACAGUACUGUUCAAAUGUCACAGACCACUAUUAUUAUUUAUUUAAUUUCCAGUUAAAUCAGCCAUUAGAAAAAUGAUUCAAGAUUUCAGAAAUAAGACCUGCAAUAGGAAGGGAAACAUGAGAGGUUGCUGCCUUCUGCUCAACAAUGUUGAUGCCAAAAUGCUGGUUAAUGGCUUUAUUUAUUGAGCUGGUUUGAAGGUCUCCUUGUUAAUUAGCUCAAUCAGCUUCAGUUCAUUCAAAACUCAGCAGCCAGAGUCCUCACUUUGACCAAGCGCACUGCACACAACACUCUCAUCCUCCGUUAGCUUCACUCGUUACCAGUUUUCUCAUGUAUCAAGUACAAACUUCUCCUUCAUUGUGUCAACCCUACAAACCUUAGUGAGCUCCUUCAUCCAUACUGUCCCUCUUGUUUCCUCAGAUCUUCUGGGAAUGGAGUUCUUGCAGUCCCAUUCAUGAGACUCUUAACAGUGGGAGGCAGGACUUUCAGGGCUACUGCUCCCAAACUUUGGAACUCUCUACCAGAAUGUCUUUGUGACUGCUCCACCCUCCCUUCGUUUAAAGUUCAACUUAAAACCUUCCUCUUCACUGCUCGCUAUGCUUCUUUGUCAAAGUGUUAGGUCUUGUUUUCCUUCUCUCUGUAAAACGUACUUUGGUUUGUGAAAGGCGCUAUUUAAAUUGAACUUAUUAUUAUUAUUAUUAGUAGUAGUAGAAGUAGUAGUAGUAUUAUUAUUAGUAUUAUUAAGUAGAAACUGCAACCAGCUUGUAAUACUGAACUUUGGAAAAACUAAAAUUGAGCCUCCUUAAAGAACAAAAGCUGUAAUAAAGCUGAAGCAUGAAUAAUUACAUUUAUUUGGUUAAUGUAAUUCUCUGGGUAAAUUAAUGCUAAGUGUAUAUUUUAUACUUUUUCUUGACACUGAAAAAGGAAUUUGAACUUAAGGGCCAUUUUGACUGGAAAUGAACUAAACCAAGGGUGGUCUCUGACUUUUGUGCAGUACUGUACGUAUACAUAAAUACAAGUACAACAGGUCUGCUGUGUAGAGGGAAAGUUAGAGAGCUGUAUGGAUGAGGACAGGUGUUUUUAAGUGCACCAAACAGUUCAAAAUGGAGCAUCAUCUAUUGUGAAAACCAUGAAGUGCGUCUGGUUUGUGGCAGCCUAAACAUUUCUGAAUUAAUCUCUUCAUAAACUGUGCUGAUUGUUCAGUCCAGCAGAAUGUCAGUUUAACUGCUGUGUCAAGUGUUAUGAGAUGCUUUUUCCCCAUGUAAGCUGCACUGUGAGCUGCUGAGCUUUUGUUGCUGGUCUGAGUUUGUUUGCCACAGAAAACGUGUACACGAUAUGAAAAUAUUAAAGUUCUGUUGAUAACCACUGA